UAUAAAAGCUCUUGUAAAACAACUUCCUCGUCAUAACUGCAACACAUCAGCUGCAGCAUUUCCAUAGCGGCGGAAUAUUUGUUGAUAAGCGAAAGCUGUAUUUUUAAACAUGAGUUUUGGUAACAAAGUGGUGAUAGUGACGGGAGCAAGCUCGGGCAUCGGCGCGGCGACGGCGCUGAUGUUCGCCAAGGAGGGCGCUGACGUGGCGCUCGUGGCGCGCACGCAGGCCAAGCUCGCCGCCGUCGCUAAAAGCAUCGAAGCACUCGGCAAGAAACCCCUCGUAAUACAAGCCGACCUCUCCAAGGAGCCUGACACUGCGACCGUCAUCCCUAAAACUAUAAAACAUUUCGGAAAACUGGAUGUGCUCGUCAACAAUGCCGGAAUAGCUUCACAGGGAUGCUUACUAGAUGGCAAGGCGCUACAAGCAUACGACGAUGUGAUGAAGACCAACGUAAGAGCUGUGAUCCAACUGACCAGCCUUGCAGCGCCGUAUCUGAUCCAGACUAAGGGAAAUGUGGUCAACAUAUCCAGUGUAGCAGAACUGAGGCCCAGCAAGAUACCUACGCUUAUGUUUUAUGCCGUGUCAAAGGCGGCAUUGGGGCACUUCACGCGUUGCGCUGCCUUGGAACUAGCGCCUUCAGGCGUCAGGGUAAAUUCCGUGAACCCCGGGCCGGUGGAGAACGAAUUUAUAACCAACAACAAGCUCGGCAAUGCCGAUGACUUUAAGGAAAGGCUCACAGGCUAUACUGCAUUAGGGUAUAUAGCUAAAAACGAUGAGAUUGGACGCGUGAUUUUAUUCUUGGCGAGUGACAAGGCGAGGAGCAUUACUGGCUCUACUUAUGUAAUUGACAAUGGAUACCAUUUAAAAUAAAUGUUUUAUGUCUAUAC